AUGUCGACGGAUUAUACCUACGAUGAACAGGGUCAAUUCUUCCCGUUCUUCGUACUGACCCUGACCGGCCUUGUCACCCUACCUCUGACAUACAAUCUUCUUAAACCACCCAAAGAACUCGAAAAUACCGCUCCUCGGAUACGGUCCGAUUUCAAACCUGAACAUGAAGACCUCAUUGACGCUCAGAAGCGGAAACGUCUCCGCAAGGAGCGCCGCAUCAAGCGCAUCGUCACCGUCAUCUUAGGCUACGCCGUCAUGGCCUACAUGGUCUACUUGAUUAUAGUCACCGCCAGGACGACUACCAAACUCUGGGAUCCGUAUGACAUUUUGGGUGUCUCAAGGAGCGCCGACGAAAAAGCGAUUUCCAGACAUUACAAGCGACUUUCUCUUAUCUACCACCCCGACAAGAUCCGACCUGACCCUGCAAAGAACGAAACGAUUGAUAUACUCAAUGAGCGUUUCGUGGAACUCACCAAGGCCUACAAGGCUCUCACCGACGAAGAAGUGCGCAAUAACUACCUCCAAUAUGGCCACCCGGAUGGCAAACAGAGCUUCAGCAUCGGUAUCGCUCUCCCGCAAUUCAUAGUGACCGAAGGAAACGGCAAAUAUGUUCUCUUGGUUUAUGGUGCUUUGCUUGGUGUACUGCUCCCAUACAUUGUCGGAAAAUGGUGGUAUGGCUCUCAGCGAUACACCAAGGAAAGAGUUUACGUUGCUAGCGCGGGUAACAUCUUCCGGGAAUACAAGGAUGAAAUCACGGAUGGCGCAAUUGUCGGUGCUCUUUCUUCGGGUAAUGAAUUCAAGGAGGCAAUCCCAGCGUCGAAGGCAGAGUCCGGGUUGGCGAAGCUCGAGAAAAAGGUUCUGGCCGAGGAUAAUAAAUUCUUGUCUGAUCAGGAUCGGGAAGUGAUCAGGGGUCUGGAUGACUCCAGUAGGAGAAAGGCUCUGGCGUUGUUAUGGGCUUAUCUGGGCCGGGUUGAGUUGGAUGACUCGACUCUUAACGGAGAAAAAUUUGAAGUCGCACCAAUUGCCCUGUCGUUGAACGAAGCGUUCACGGCCGUUUCUCUUGCCUUCGGCAACCUUCGUCCUCUUCUCGGAUCCUUCCGCACGUCUCAAAGUCUCAUCCAAGCUGUUGCGCCUGGCUCAUCCCCUCUACUGCAACUGCCGUACUUCACAAAUGAAGUUGUGCAAUCAGUCGAAGGCGAAGAUGCCAAGAACCAUUUCACUGUUCAGAAGUUCAUGAAGCUGCCAGAGGACAAGCGACGAUCGCUCACAAUCGGAACUGGUCUUUUGUCUGAACAGCAAUAUGCGUCCGCCAUCUCUGUUGCAAAACAACUCCCUGCUCUCCAAAUCUCCAAGGCGUGGUUCAAGGUCAUGGGUGAGAAGGUGAUCACACCCAGCAGUCUCGUUCAACUUGUUGUGAAGGCCCGAUUCAUUCCACCUGGCUCCACAAAUGUCCCUGAUGCAAGCCCUGCCGACCUCGAAGAUAUUGAUCCCGAGGAAGGUGAUAUUGACGCUCUCAUGGGCCGCGGGCCCUCGAGGAACCGGUCAGUUAAGAUGGCAGAUAGCAAAGACAGCGCCAACCAGAAGGUCCAGCCGCCUCUCGCCAAUGCGCCAUACCUUGCCCGUGACCACUCCCCACGAUGGCAGAUUUUCCUUGCCGAUGGAAAGCAGGGAAAGAUUGCUGUGCCUCCGUUCACCUUUACCACCUUUGAGAAGCCCCUAUUCGACGAGUCUGGUAACCCUACCUACAACGUUCAAACCCUCAAGAUGCAGUUCCAAGCACCUCCCCAGGUUGGCGACUUCCACUUCGUUAUGCACAUGGUUUGCGAUAGUUACCUAGGCCUCGACUCCAAUCUCGACAUCACGCUCCACAUUGAUGACCCUGCCAAGGCAGCCGCCCUGGAGGAGGAAGACGAUAUUAGUGAACCCGAUGAGGACUCAAUAGCUGGCCAGAUGCAGGCUCUGAAGACCGGCCAACCACCGAAGAAGAAGACGAAGAAGCCGUCAGAGGAAUCCAGCGAUGAGGAGAGUGACACCGACGGCGAUGAAGGAGAAACCAGCGACACUAAUACCGAAACUGACGUUGAUGAUUAA